AUGGAGAAAAGUUCAAAUUCGAUUGGUACAGGUACCAUGAUAGAUAUGGCAAAUUAUAAUGAAAAUUUGCCAUUAGUGGAUAAUAUUUCUAUUUCAAACUUAAGUGUUCAAGAAUUAUUAACAGAAUCCGAAGUUAGAAGGCAAUUAAAAACCCAGCCAGUAUAUUUAAAAUAUUUUUGGAAAAUUUUAUUAAUCAUAUCAAUAUUUUAUAGUUUACCAUCAAUUCAAUUUGUCCUUUUUCAAAUAUCCGAACCAACAAUUGAAUGUUAUUAUAAUUAUAAAUGUUUAAGACCACUUUUAGGUAUACCCGCUUUUAAUAAUGUAGUUUCAAAUAUAGGUUAUAUAGUAGCUGGUGCUUCAUUUAUAAUGAUCGUUUAUUUUACUAGUCAAAAAGAAGAUGGAGUUCACGGAUUACAUACAGAUUUAUCAUUGUAUUAUUGUUUAGGUUUAGCAAUUACCUUCGAAGGUGUUUUCUCUGGAUUAUAUCAUGUUUGCCCAUCAAGAUUAAAUUUCCAAUUCGAUACUACUUAUAUGUUAAUUGGUUCAGGGUUAUUGUUUUUUACUCUACAUCAAAAAAGACAUGCAACAUUAACAGCAGGCGCCUUUAAAGCAUUUUCAUUCUUUUCAUUAUUUGUCUUUUUAGAAGUAAUUUCAUUAUCAAAAAUUAAUGUUUAUGCAUUUUGGAUCAUAUUUACUGUUGUAUUUGGUUAUGUUUCAGUUGUAGGAUCAUCAUAUUUAUUAGCACACAAGAGAAUGGAAUUAAAUUCAAGCUUUGGAUACCUUGUCAAAUCAUUAAAAAGAAUUUUGCAUCCAAGUACUAUCGAGGAUAAAUCUAGAUUCUUUUCAAUUUUAUUUGCAAAUGUUUUAAGUUGGGUCAUUGUUGUUGCUUUUGGAGUUUAUAGUAUUAUUCAUAGUGUUUCAAAUAAUUUCUCAAAUUUAAUAUUAGGUAUUAUGGUUUUAAAUUUCUUAAUUUAUUUAGCUUAUUAUAUUGCAAUGAAAUAUAGAUAUGGUGAAAAAGUUUACUUGUCAGUUUGGAUUUUAUUAGUUGUAAUGUUUGUAUCAUGGGGCUUUGCUAUUUACUUUUUCGAAAUUCCCCUCACCAACAAAUUUUUAACAUUCCAAGAAUCCCUUCAACUCAACAAACCUUGUGUUUUAUUCAACUAUAAUGAUUGGCACGAUUGCUGGCAUUAUACCUCCGCAUUGGGUCUUUUCUCUUUGGUUUCUGUAGUCUACUUUAUUGAUUGGGAUUUAAGAAAAACACCAAGAUCUUUAAUUAGAGUAUUUUAA